AUGGUUAGUGAAGGUAUUGUCUUAGGGCACAAGAUCUCUCAAAAGGGAAUUAAAGUAGACAAAGCCAAAAUCGAGGUAAUUGAAAAACUUCCUCCUCCUAACUCAGUGAAAGGAAUAAGGAGUUUUCUUGUUCAUGUAGGGUUAUACAGAAGGUUAAAGAGGGAGUUGAUCUCAGCACCUAUCAUCACUACCACCUAUGCAUCACUACAACCAGAUUGGACUCUUCCUUUUGAACUCACAUGUGUGAUGCUAGUGAUCAUGCUGUUGGAGCGCGUUCUUGGGCAAAGAAAGGAUAAAGAAGAAUUUGAUCUGGAAAUUCGUGACAAAAAGGGAACCAAGAAUCUUGUGGCUGACCACCUUUCCAGGCUAGAAUUGGGGGAAGAGGAUACAACCAAGCUACAAAUCAAUGAAAGCUUUCCCCAUGAGCAACUUUUGCUAACGGCAAAUACUCAAGCCCCCUGGUUAGGUAACAUUUUGAAGAGACAUGAGAUGCCCUUGAAUAGCAUUCUUGAAGUCGAAAUCUUCGAUGUUUGGGGUCUGGACUUCAUGGGAUCUUUUCCAUCAUCAUACUCAAACCAAUACAUCCUAGUAGCGGUGGACUAUGUAUCAAAAUGGGCAGAAGCUGUUGCCCUUCCUAAUAAUGAUGCCAAAAGUGUGCUAAACUUCAUCAAGAAAUAUAUCUUCACACGACAUGGUACUCCGAGAGCAAUAAUCACAGAUUGUGGUAAGCACUUCUGCAACAAAUACCUUGACUCCCUACUUUCUAGAUAUGGUGUUACUCACCAUGUAGGUACCCAUAUCACCCUCAAACGAGCGGACAAGUAG